AUGAGUGUUGAGGGCGAAGUGCCUCCACCGGAGGUCAAACACUACAACAGCCGUGAUGAUGUACCACAGGAUAUUCAAAAGUACUGGGCACAGCGCUAUAAUAUCUUCUCCAAGUACGAUGACGGUGUCUGGUUAACCGACGACGCCUGGUUUGGAGUCACUCCAGAGCCCGUUGCUACCAAAAUAGCAGACCAUGUGGCGGCUGCACGGUCCCUAAAGAAAUGUAUCAUGAUCGAUGCAUUUGCGGGCGUUGGGGGGAACGCAAUCGCGUUCGCACGCUCUAAUAAAUGGAAAAGAGUCUACGCGAUUGAAAAGGACCCUGCAGUCCUUCAAUGUGCAAAGCACAAUGCGAAGAUUUACGGGGUCGAGGACAAAAUCACUUGGUUUGAGGGAGACUGCUUUGAGACGAUCCGGCUUUACCUGAAAGACCUGGGACCAUAUAGCGUGAUUUUUGCAAGCCCGCCUUGGGGUGGUGAGUUGACUGAAGAAUCCCACCCUCUGAGGACAUAUGCCCUUCAUUGGCGCUAA